UUCUCGGCAUGGUAGUGUGUUCCAGCGAAUCGCAUAUAUAGGUGGUCCACCUGCGGACACUAGCGUUAUUCUUCCAGUUUUUGCUAGAGUGACAACUACUAACACAGUCAUCAUGCGUCUUUUCAGCAGCAUAAUAAUGUGUCUUGUCGGAGUGAUGCUUUUCGCGCCCAGUUACACCGAUGCCAAUGCAUUCGCAGCCCGAAGAAACGGUGCAAAAACAGAAGUUGAAAGCACUUCGUCUGCGGCCGUGCCAGAAGAAGCACCGGCUGUUAAUCCUAGCCAAACGACGUCGAGGGGUAAGAUCAAGUUCCACAUGAAGACGUUAGCCAAUGUUGCAGAAGUUGCAGUUCGAAGACCACGAAUUAAUCGCGUACGAUCGACCACCGUUCGCCCUAACAUCGUGUUCAGAGAUUCACUUGAACAGGACGUUUCCCUGGAAGAUCUGAACAUCAAACCGAUCAAAACGAUCAUGAGGACAUCUACCACCCCGAGACCCAUUUUUGCAGAUUCUCUGGAAAACGAUGACAUUGCCAUUGUUUUGACAAAGCCGGUGGUCAAUCGCAAUCCAGUUGCUGCUACUCGAUUUAAUCGUUUCCGAACGACAACUGUCCCGACCUCCGUUACGAGAGAUUCAUUGGAACAAGAUGAUGACGCAAUUGUUUUGGCACUGAAACCAGCUGAACAAACAAGUUUGCCGGUCCGAGGUCGUUUUAAUCGCAUCAACUCGGCUUCUAGAGUUUCUGUUGAGAAGAACGAUGUAUCUUUGGAAGAUUUGAUUGUCGUAGCCAAACCUGUGUUAAAUGGAGCUCUGUCGGCAUCGAGAACCAGAGGCAGGAUCCAAAUGAAGAGCUCACUUGAUUCAAUUUCACCUAGCACUAGCACUGAAGCUCCAACAACUCCAGUAGAUGUUACCGAGAAAAUCGACAUUUCAUUGGAUGAUUUGGAGAAGACGACGUUCGAUAUCCCAACAACAACGAUGGUAGUUACAGAAGUUGAAACAGCUACCACUGACGAAACUGGAACUACACCGAUGCCAACAAUCCCAAUUUCACUGCAGUCUGAUGAACAAGACGAUGUGUUGUUCAUUACAGAUAGAACGACAGUACCACCUGAACCAACCAACGAUGCGAUCGAAACAACGGCCACUGUUGUUCAAUUAACCACUCAAUCUGAUGAGCAAAUGGAUUUCGAACGAGUAGAAAAACUGGCUGUAACACAGGACGUGACACAGUUGGAUGAUCAACUCAGCAAUGCAGCCAUGACGACCUUAGUUUCCCAGCAAUCUGACGAGCGAGAUGACUGGACCGUUUCUGUGCCAACGACCACAAUGGCCCCAGCUGUAACUCGGUCUCCUCUGGUCUCAAAAGGACGAGGUCGAUUGCAAUCAGCCACACCCGUCAAUCAAUCACCCAAGAAUCGAGUUAACCGUAUACGAUUGAAUCCAGUCAAGAGUUCCAUUUCCACAGAUGACCAGCAAAUUGGAGUGGUUGCAGAAACCCAAACGGCACCCCGUGCUCCGGUUUCUCGUAACCGAUUCAGCCGAAUCAGAUCGACAACUGCCCGUACUCUGGUUUUGAGAGAUUCCGUUGAACAAAACGACGUGUCCCUGGAAGAUCUUGUUGUUGUUGUACCAACGACUCGCAGGCCACUCAUGGGAAGUCGUUUCAGCCGAUUCAGGACAACGACAGCCACUCCGGUUGCCGUAACGGUUGGUCAGGAAGCCCCCACACCAAAAAGCGAAGUAUCUAUGAACAGGAAUCGAUUUAGCCGUGUGAGAUCGACAACAGCUCGAGUUCCAGUAUCCUUGGAUUCUAUUGAAGACGACAUCAUUUUAUUAACUAAUGAUUUUAGCAAAAUGAAGGCUGGUCAAGUUGCAUCGCAACAAACAACGUUGAACAGAGCAAAGGUGAUGUCAACGAGCAAUCUGGCAAUCAACAGAGGUCGAGUUAAUCGUAGAAGAACGACAACAACUGCCACACCAAUUUUGAGACACUCUGCAGAGGACGUGUCAUUGGAAGAUGUUCUGAAGGAAGUCGGAAAGACUGGUGAACAACUGCCGGUCCAGCAGCCGGCCAUCAGUAUCGUCCCUGUCGAUCUGGCUGUUACUUUGAGCGAAAUUUCUAGACACUCGGACGAACGCGAUGACAUUGUAGAUGUUGCAGUUGGGCCGAUGGAAGCCAUCGCGUUGGUCGUUGAAGAUACUGAUGCAGAUGUCAGCGAUGAAAUCAUAAGAACGACAACGCUAGAUCCAGUUUCCAGCGAGUCUGGAGAAAAGGACGGCUUGACUUUAGUUUUGGUCGAUGAAACCGAUGUUCCAGCUGUACCGGUAGGAUCUUUGCAGAUGGUUAACUUGCCCGAGAUAAACGACGAAACCUUGCUCGUCAAGGAGUCUGAGGAACUGCCGUUAAGGCAGAUGACGAAGCGAGUCAGGAUGAUUAGAAAGCAAAAAUCUCAGAUGUAGUAAUCUGGAAUUUGAACUAUAACCGUGUUUCUGUACAUGUCUAUGGCCUCGUCCUAUUGUAUACUAUGAUUCCCCAUUAUGCGUUUUGUUUAAGCAGAACAUGUUUUUCAGUUUUUUUGUAUGUGAGAUGUCUUGUCACUAUUACAAGUACUGCAGCCAA